GCAGCUUGUCUUACGGAUCUGAUUCAUUCAAAUAAUCGUGGCUCCGAAAACACGGAAUAGUUAAAAAGACUGUUCUACAGCUUUAGAUUCGCUACGAGAGAACACAAGCUCAAACGCUGCUCUGCGUGACUAUGUGGUUUCGCUGAUGAGGAGCUCUUGAAGUAGGCCGCAGAUAGUUUACGUGUUUACCUACUUGGUGUACUCCAAAACAAACCUUGAAGAGGUAACGAAGUAAAAAGGAAAUAAUCUGGAAACCUCGUCGACUACUGAAACAGCACUUUAAAAGACUUCAAAAACAGGUCGAAGUGACAAGAGUUGUUUUUCGUAUUUGAUUGAUGAUGCAGACUAAAGCAGAGAAGAACGGUCGAGUGGUGAUAGUCGUAUCUGUAGGAGUGAUAAUCAUUGGCCUUGCUUGCAUGGUUGCUGGUGUCGUGUUAAUGGUCAAAUAUUCAAAGAGUCAGAAUAUCGACAGUUCAUCUAACCGCGAUCCCUACACCAAAGAAGCUCGCAAAUCAGGACUUGAUGUUCUCCUCAAUAAACUACAAGACACUCACUUCCGCCUCAAUCCGGACCGAAUCUAUAAAAAAGAAGGAGUAACUGAUCAAGAAAUACGUUUAAAGUACAGACCGAGGGAUCUUUCUUGGGAACGAUUAAAACACGUAGCAGAUGAAGCUAGAAAACUACUUGUAGAAUUCAAAGAGCUGCGUAUGAGUAGGAAUAAGUUGAGCAUCCGAGAAAAACGUGCGUUAGAAUUAGCCAAGUUCUGGAUUAAACAUGUCUUUCCAUAUGGGGUACCUUAUGGCUAUGAUUACUAUGUAGCAGACUGGUUACUUGGACCCGAUGUGUUCUGCUGGAUGCCGGUCUGUCACGUAGCAGAAUCGUUUCAUAAUACAAUACUCAAGCUAAAACCUUACAGCCUGGAAGACAUGGAGGUAGUCAGAGAAAGACUCGUAGAUGUUAAUAGAACAUUCGCUCAAUAUGUCGAGAAUAUGAAAAUGGGAAUCAAGAUUGGAAUGGUCCGGAAUGUCGAAGGGUGCAAAGCAGGACUUGAUGGAAUUAAGGACCAAUACCUUGAGAUUUCACUACAUGGGAAGCAAGGGGUACUCAACUGUACUAAAUUACUUCCAAAAAACUUUUUCGACGAAUUCUUGUCUGAGGUGGAAGGAAAACCAGAAGUGCUGGAAUCAUGGCAGAAGAAAUACGGGAAAAGUAUGAACGGUUCUUUGAAAGAAUAUCUGGUCCAGUAUGUUGGGAAACCUAUCGCUGACAUGUUCAGAUAUCUUGAAGUAGAUUACAGCCAGUAUUGUCCUCCAGGGGACGUAUUGACCGGCUACAGCAACCUUCCACUGAGUCAUGUCUACAAAAAUGGCACAAAGAUUGGACGAACAACUCAACGCCUGCCAACUGGCGAGUUGAUUGAUGGAAAAAAGUCUUUCAGGGUCAUCUUGGAUUACUUCACAACAAUUGACAUCUCACCAAAAGAAACUAAUAACAUUGGAUACUCUCUCAUUAAAGAAGUUUAUCCUAAGAUUCUUCAGAUUGCAAGAGAAGUAACUGAAGAGAAGGAUAAUGAGACUGCUGCUGAAGAAAAGUUCAAAAAGAGAAUCAAUGAAGAUGACAUGUAUUUCAACGAAGAAGAGAUACCAGCUUCUGAAUCCGAUGAACGAGCACAUAAACUGUGCAGAACAGAUGAAGGUGCAAAGAAGCACUGUCCUGUGCGAUGGAAAGCCAUUCAAAACUGGUUCACGUAUUCACGACAGGUAAUGGCAGCUUUAGAUGCCAAGUCGAUAAGUCUAUUUCAUUUCGCUGGGAAGAAGCACACGACUCCAAAUUGUCCGGUUCGAUUAACAGCAGAUUAUAAUCCAUCUAGUGCCGCUCAAGCAUACGAACCCAGCAAUGAUGUCUGCUCCGAUGCAGCUAUGUAUAGCAUUCCGUUUUUUCAAAAGAAACCAGGCCCAAAGUACGAGGAAUGGACUGUGUGCGCCCACGAAACAAGGCCAGGGCAUCACCUUCAAGCCCAAGGUUUUAGCGAACGCUUCUCAGCAGCAGAUAACGGGAUCAUGAAAUCUCUGUCAUCAUUUAUGUAUUUCCUUGGGUUUCAAGAAGGUUGGGCUCUGUACGCUGAGGAUCCUUUGAUUGCUACAGAUACAGAUACCUACAAGGAUUUCCCAUUCAGAAGAUACGGAACCUUAAAAUGGCAGGUACUUCAGGCAAUAAGAUUGAUAGCUGACUCAGCAUUUCAUGACAUUGGAAACUUCAGCCGUGAAGAUGCUUUGAAACUGAUAGAGAAGUAUGCGUGGGAAACAGGGGAUUUCCCACAAAAGGAAAUCACGCGAUACCAAAGUCUACCUGGACAAGCUACAGCUUACGUUGUUGGGAAAUUACGAAUUAUGAAGCUUAGAAAACUUGCCGAAAAACGACUAGGCGAAAAGUUCAACCUGAAAGACUUUCAUUUUCAACUUCUUCAACACGGACCUUCACCGUUUAGUUUCUUAGAGGAGAUGAUUACCUUGUAUAUUGACUGUGUGCUUGGUUCAAGAGUAGAAGGCUGCCAAGAGAUAUUAAACCCACCGAAGACAAGCAAGAAAAUACAUUCCACGGAACAAAUGCCCAUAGAAGACACGAAUGCAAGGCUCAGCUAUUUUAGAAGACGGUGAAACCAAGCAACUGAAUUAAUUGAUUUUCAACAGAAAAAAUAUAUAUGCACAACGACAGCACUGAAGAUCUUCAAAAGACGCUGUGAAAAUGGCUGUGAAUAGAUGGUUUUAAAUGAUUGCAUUCAUAACUGAAUGCGUUUGAGCAAGAAAUCCAACAUGGUUAUCGAUUGGCCAGAUUGAGACCAGUUCCGUACGCGAUCAAUACGAGUUAUAGUU